CCCAGCGGAGGGCGGAGGCGGCGGGCGCGGAGGGCCGGCGGCCGGGGCUGAAGCGGGACGCGUCCCCCGGGGGCGAGCAAGCUCGAGACGGGCGGCGUCGGGUAUAAGCUAUAGCCAUGACUACUGAAGUUGGCUCUGCAUCUGAAGUGAAGAAGGACUCUGACCAGGCAGGAGCAGAUGUACCCAAGCAGAAAGCAAAAGAGGCAGAGGAUGAGCAGAAUCCGUUACCUGAGCCAGAGGAGGAGAAAGGUUCCCAGCCAGCUCCUGCAGUGGAAAGCCAACACAGUCCCCACCGCCGGAAAAGAGAGAAGAAGCCAUCUGAGAGCAGGGGCAUCUCUCGGUUCAUACCCCCUUGGCUGAAGAAGCAGAAGUCUUAUAACUUGGUAGUAGCCAAAGACGGAGGAGAUAAAAAGGAGCCUACCCAAGCUGAUGUGGAAGAACAGGUCUUGGAAAAGGAGGAUUCGCUUCCCAAGGAAGAGAAUCGGGCCAAGGGUGAUGCAGAAGAGAUGGCUCAGAGAAAGCACCUUGAGGUCAAGGUGGAGGUCAGGGAAGAAAAGCCUUCCUUGAAAAGCAGUGCUGAGACCCAGCCUGCUGAAGAAGUAAGGAGAGACAAAGAGGAAGAGAAGAUACAGGAGGCGCAGGAAGAGACGCAGGAAGGAGAGGCGGCAAAGAGGGAGACCAAGGAGGUGCAGACAAGUGAGCUGAAAGCAGAGGUGGCCUCUCAGAAAACUACUAAGAAGACCAAGACUGUCCUGGCCAAAGUGACCCUCCUAGAUGGCACCGAAUACAGCUGUGACCUGGAGAAACGUGCUAAGGGGCAAGCGUUGUUUGACAGAGUGUGCGAACACCUCAAUCUCUUGGAGAAGGACUACUUUGGACUUCUAAUUCAGGAAAAUCCUGAGCAGAAAAACUGGCUAGAUCCUGCAAAAGAGAUAAAGAGACAGCUGAGAAAUCUUCCCUGGCUGUUCACUUUCAAUGUGAAGUUUUAUCCUCCGGAUCCUUCCCAAUUGACUGAAGACAUCACCAGAUACUUCUUGUGCCUUCAGCUGCGGCAGGACAUCGCCUCUGGCCGCCUGCCCUGCUCCUUUGUGACUCAUGCCCUCUUGGGAUCCUACACACUUCAGGCUGAGCACGGAGACUAUGACCCAGAAGAGUAUGACAGCAUUGAUCUUGGUGACUUCCGGUUUGCCCCAAGCCAAACCAAGGAGCUGGAAGAAAAGGUGGCAGAACUGCAUAAAACUCACAGGGGCUUAUCUCCAGCACAAGCUGAUUCUCAGUUCUUAGAAAAUGCAAAGAGGCUUUCCAUGUAUGGGGUUGACCUGCACCAUGCCAAGGACUCAGAAGGUGUGGACAUCAAGCUGGGUGUGUGUGCUAACGGCCUUCUCAUUUACAAAGACAGACUGAGGAUCAAUCGCUUCGCUUGGCCAAAGAUCCUGAAAAUUUCCUACAAGCGCAGUCAUUUCUACAUUAAAGUCAGGCCAGCAGAGCUGGAACAGUUUGAGAGCACCAUUGGAUUCAAAUUGCCAAACCACCGGGCAGCUAAAAGGCUAUGGAAAGUAUGUGUGGAGCACCACACUUUCUACAGGCUCGUGUCUCCAGAACAGCCACCAAAGGCCAAGUUCUUGACCUUGGGCUCUAAGUUCCGCUACAGUGGACGCACGCAGGCGCAGACACGCCAGGCAAGCACCCUCAUCGACAGGCCAGCACCACACUUUGAGCGCGCCUCCAGCAAGCGAAUCUCAAGGAGCCUCGAUGGAGCCCCACUUGGUGUUGUGGACCAAAGUCUUAUGAAGGACUCUCCUGGCCCUCCCGGAGAGGGCUCAGUGCCUGGCCCUGGAGUUGUCAGCUACACCGCCAGACAGGACGGCGAUAGCCGGAGGGAUGUCAGAAGCCCAGCGAAAGCUGCACCCCUGCUUGCUGAGGGAAAGAAAAAUACCUUGAGAGUAGAAGGGGAUAAUAUUUAUGUCAGACAUAGCAAUUUAAUGUUGGAGGACCUGGAUAAGGCCCAGGAGGACAUACUGAAACAUCAGGCUAGCAUUAGUGAGCUCAAGCGCAAUUUUAUGGAGUCCACACCUGAGCCGCGCCCCAGUGAAUGGGAAAAACGACGUAUCACACCUCAGUCCCUGCAGACACAAGGGAGAAAAGGCGAGCAUCUUUUCAAGGAUAUUCUGUCCAUGAAGGAGAAGUACCUGAAGGUGACAACGCGCACAUCUGAAGAGGAAGCUCAGGCGGACAAGACUCGCACUCUCUCGCCGGAAGGGCCUUGCACUGGAACCAGGGACGCUGUUAAGCGUUCACAUGAGACUCUGAAUGUAGUGGAGGAGACGAAGCGGGCAGAGGUUGGGAAAGACGAAAGCGUAAUCACGGAAGAGAGGACCGGUAAAGAGCUGUCACCUGGGAGUGCUCCUGGGGACACUCGUAAGGUGGAGCCAGUGGCACAGAAAGACUCCACCUCCCUGUCUUCCGAGAGCAGCAGCAGCAGUGAGAGUGAGGAGGAAGAUGUGGGAGAGUACCAGCCCCACCACCGAGUGACUGAGGGCACCAUAAGGGAAGAACAGGAGGAGUGUGAUGAAGAGAUGGAGGAAGAACCGGGCCAAGGAGCCAAGGUAGUAGAGAGGGAGGCAGCAAUGCCCGAAGCCAUCCCAGACAGACAAGCAGGGGCCAGUGCACACACAGUAGAGACAGAGGCCCAGGAAAAUGUAGGUGCCCAAAAGAUCCGUGCAGAGAAGAGUGCGCUCGGAGGCACUGCUAAGCAAGCCAUGAGAGAAGAAGCAGAGGACGAGCAGCACACAGUUAACGGAGAGGUGCCCCGUGGUGACAUUGAUGUUUUACCAGAGAUUAUUUGUUGUUCAGAGCCACCAGUGGUAAAAACAGAGAUGGUAACAAUUUCUGAUGCCUCACAAAGGACAGAAAUCUCCACCAAGGAAGUCCCCAUUGUUCAAACCGAGACCAAAACCAUCACAUAUGAGUCUCCGCAGAUUGAUGGCGGGGCUGGUGGUGAUUCGGGCACGUUACUGACCGCACAAACCAUCACAUCUGAGUCUGCGUCAACAACGACAACCACACACAUCACCAAGACUGUGAAAGGUGGAAUAUCUGAAACAAGAAUUGAGAAACGCAUUGUGAUCACAGGAGACGCAGCCCUGGAUCACGAUCAGGCGCUGGCUCAGGCCAUUAGGGAAGCCAGAGAGCAGCACCCUGACAUGUCCGUCACGAGGGUAGUAGUGCACAAAGAAACAGAGCCGCUGGAAGAAGGAGAAGAAUAAGAAGGUCGUUUUUUAAGACAACAUUCAGCUUCAUGAAUCUGAAGAACUUUGACCAUUCCAAGUCUUAACGCCACACCACUACUCCAACAAAUUUGUGCUUCAACUGGUAACUGACCAGAAGCCUGAAGAAUUAAAUGCCAACAGCAAACCUUACCUUAACAGCUCUGGUCUAUACUGUCCCCAUACAUUUCUAAUAUACUGUUUGUUUUAUAACCACUUCUAAAUACUCUUUCUUCCCCUUCGCUUUCUUUCUUUC